AUGCACGGCCUCAUAGUGCUGAUCCUGGUCGAGUCCCAGUCGGCAGCGCGGUUCUCCAGGCCUGGCAGGCUCACUUGGCUGCUGCUGACCAUCACCGUCACCUGCACCGCCAUGGGCUGCAUCCAGAGCAUCGCCUGUAACAAGUCGCGCGUAAAGCGGGAGAACAUCGUGGUGUACGACCUGUCGGCCACCAUCGACCACUGCCCGACCGUCAUCGAGGAGAACUCGCCCAUAGUGCUUCGAUACAAGACGCCCUAUUUCAAAGCCUCGGCGCGGAUUGUGAUGCCCCCCCUGGCUCGCAAUGAGACAUGGGUGGUGGGCUGGAUCCAGGCGUGCACCCAGAUGGAAUUUUACAACACCUAUGGGGACGUCGGCAUGUCAAGUUGGGAGCUGCCUCAGCUUCGAGAAGGCCUGGUGAGGGCCAUCAGCGACUCAGACGGCGUGAGCUACCCCUGGUACGGAAACACGACGGAGACCGUCACCAUAGUCGGCCCCACCUCCAAGCCAUCGCGCUUCAUCGUUAGCAUGAAUGACAAUUUCUACCCCAGCGUCACCUGGGCCGUGCCGGUCAGCGAAUCCAACACGCCCUUGCUGACGAACAUCAAAAGAGACCAGAGCUUCACCACCUGGCUGGUGGCGCUCAACACCACGUCCAGGGAAAAGAUCCUGCUCCACACCAUCAAGUGGAGGAUGAGGGUCGACGUCUCCGUGGACCCGUCCCUGCCUCUGGGCUCCAGGGCCAGGCUGGUGGGCCGGGUUCACCAGGACCAGCCGCGGGUGCUGAGCCGCAUGGAGCCCAUCCCUCCCAACGCCAUGGGGAGGCCCAACGCCAACGACGCCCAGGUUCUGAUGUGGAGGCCGAGGAGAGGGCCUCCGCUUGUUGUCAUACCGUCCAAGUAG